UAUAAAAACCUCGGGUUGUGAUUUGUGGCUUUAGUGGAUCUUGUUCUCCCCUUGAUAGAAGAGACAACAUUUGCAGAGAUGGGCUACCUCCUCUAUUUCUCUGCUGAGACAUGGAGCCUCCUGAUUGGUUUCAUCACACUUUUCUUUGUGUAUGCCUGCUGGACAUAUGGAACAUUUAAGAAAAUGGGCAUCCCUGGUCCAAAACCAAUCCCAUUUUUUGGCACAAUGCUGGCAUAUAGAAAGGGAGUAAUUUACUUUGACAUGGACUGCCACAAGAAAUAUGGGAAAACAUGGGGUAUUUUUGAUGGCCGUCAGCCCAUUCUGUGUAUCACGGACCCUGCAAUGAUAAAAACUGUGCUGAUUAAGGAGUGUUACUCUCUCUUCACCAAUCGCAGAAACUUCCGUCUGAAUGGGCCGCUGUACGAUGCCGUGUCCAUCGCCGAAGAUGACCAGUGGAGGAGGAUCCGCAGUAUUCUCUCUCCUACCUUCACCUCAGGAAGACUUAAAGAGAUGUUUGAGAUAAUAAAGCAACACUCUGCUAUCCUGAUCAGAAGCAUGAAAAAGAAGAUCGACAAAGAUGAGCCCUUGGAGCUGAAGGAAUUCUUUGGAUCCUACAGUAUGGAUGUGGUAACCAGCACAUCCUUCAGUGUAGACAUAGACUCACUCAACAACCCCUCAGACCCCUUCGUCACAAACAUCAAGAAGAUGCUCAAGUUUGACUUCUUAGACCCCCUUUUCAUCAUUGUUGGUUUCUUUCCCUUUAUGGGUCCUGUUUUUGAGAAGUUGGAAUUUUCUUUUUUCCCUGCAAGUGUCACAAAGUUCUUUUACGCUGCACUGCAGAAGAUCAAGUCUAAUCGAGAGACCAGCAAGCUGAAGAAUCGAGUGGAUUUCCUUCAGCUGAUGAUCGACUCUCAGAAAAACAAUAUCCCUAAUGGAGUUGCACAAAAUAAAGGUUUAAGCGAUCAUGAGAUCCUUUCUCAAGCCAUGAUUUUCCUGUUUGCUGGUUAUGAAACAUCCAGCUCCUCUCUCACUUUCCUGGCUUACAAUCUGGCAACACACCCUCAUACCAUGAAAAAGCUGCAGGAGGAGAUUGACUCCACCUUCCCCAACAAGGCUCCUGUUGAGUACCAGGCUUUGAUGCAGAUGGAAUAUCUAGACAGCGCUGUCAACGAGUCUCUUCGAUUGUAUCCCAUUGUUCCACGUCUGGAGCGUGUGGCCAAGGCAACUGUGGAGAUAGAUGGCAUUGUGAUUCCAAAAGAUAUGGUGGUCAUGAUGCCUACAUGGUGCUUACACCGGGACCCUAAUCUGUGGCCUGACCCAGAGGAGUUCAAACCUGAGAGGUUCAGCAAGGAAAACAAGGAGACUGUUGAUCCUUACACAUACAUGCCUUUCGGGGCAGGUCCAAGGAACUGCAUAGGGAUGCGAUUUGCUCUGGUGGUGAUGAAACUCGCAUUGGUGGAGAUCCUGCAGAGGUACAGCUUCUCUGUGUGUAAGGAGACUGAGGUUCCCCUUGAGUUGGAUUCCACGGGUCUACUAGCAGCAAAACGACCAGUCAAGCUGAAGCUGGUGCCACGGACUUAACUCAGCAGUUAAACACAAGAUGAAGGCUAAUUACAUUUUAUCUGUGAUGUUGACCUAUUGUGAAUAAACACCCUGUCCAUUUUCCAAUGAUUUGUAUCAAUCUAAUGAUAUUGUUUUAUGUACUUCUGUGUGAGUUCCUUCUCUUUUUUGCUGCACCAAAGCUUUGAAUCAACAUUCAUCCGAAACUAAAUGAUAAAUGGAUAUUUUGUAAAACUUGUGUCAACAAUAAAAGGUAUUUGGAUUUCCCUC